AUGAGGUUCACGCUCGUCAUCACCGCCCUCGGCUUCUUCGCGACGUCCGCUGUUGCAACCAGAGAAUGGUCAUACAACGACCACCGCAGAGCUGUAGUCCUAGCAAGCCUAGAGCAAGCCAAAGCCAAGCAUGCCGACCUCUGCAGGCGCUGGGACGGUCCCCGCUGCCUCGACGACGAAGACAAGCCCUCGCCCUGGGAAAUGAACUACCUCGAACGCAAGACAGCCAAGAUAGAGAAGCAGGAGGCUGAAGACGCGGUCGAGAAGAUUCAUGCACUCUGGAACAAGUGGAAUGCGGAGCAGGCGGACAUGUUGAGCAAGGUGAAGAAGGGAGGGAAGAUGUAUAUGGCGCUGCUCGAGGAGGUAUCUAGUCUCGCGGAUGUCGAUGCGGUUACGGGUGUUGAUGCUCAGUGCCGGGGCUCGUGUUACGUCCUGGCUGAUAUGACCACAUCGACGUUUUCUCACAACGCCCUUCCACCCCUCAGCCCACAUCAGCCGUACACCGCGCCCUUUCUUGCUCGUCUCAGUCUGUUCAUAUUGCACGCACCACUCCCCAUUGUGAAGUCUACGCUCGACACAGCUACGCAUAGCGACAAACUCUCACAGGUUGACCAGCAUAGUGAGGUCUUUCAGCCCGAAGAUUUCACAAGUGCCAUGUGUCAACGGAUAUUGCGCCUGUUCAACGAGUUGGUCAUCAUGUUUCCUGGUACCACUCAUCCCAGUCCAGACACCAUCCCUCUUGCGCUAUGUCUGCUUUUCCGAUAUCGUGUAGCUCUCGCUUCUACAUCCCCACGUGAAGCCACAGCGAAGUAUGACGUACUGUGUGCAAGCGAGCGCGUCUUAGCUCCCGUCCCAUGCUACGUCUCCACCCCAGUUUCAGCCACACAGCUUAGUGACGCCACGCUCAUUGCUCUUUCCGUGCACAUCGCGUACAAGUUCCUUGCGGAUGACAAGAAAUGGUCAACCCUGCAGCAUUGGGUGAGAUUACUCGAGGCGAAUAAACGGAGCACGUUGGAAGCCGAGAAACGUUUCUUGAGAACGAUUGACUACGUCGUUUGGGUCCGACAAGAAGAGUUUGUGCAUCUAAGAGAUGCGUUUGAAGGUCUGUGGAACGUGGUACUUAGCAAGACUGCUGGGCCUGCACCACCAGACUUCGUACUAAAGAGAAUACGGAAAUUUACGUGA